AUUUUAUUGUGAAAAGUCGUUCCGGAAGUGUGUGUUUGUAUUGCUGUGGUGCGGAGGGUGGGCACACAGACAGGGGAUUCGCUGUCAAGAGGGUGGAUGCCUAGAGCUGGAAAUGACCUAGAGGCCUUACAGAUACAUUUGUGCUUUUGUCACUCUAAUCUGCAUCCGCGGAAAACAGCGAGAUCUGGAAGCACGCUUGUUUCCGCGGUGAGUAAUAUCUACCUCAGCCAGCAGACAGGGGAGAAACCAGGAAGCUGCUGGAGACUAUAGUCAGGCAGACGGAGGGAGCUAUCAGGUGGCCACUUGCUCACUGCCUGCAGAGUUUUGCUUUGCGAAGAGGAUUUGAGACGGACUGGCUCUGUCUGCCCUUCGCCUACCGCUGCUCUGACCAGCCAGUGCACAAAAAAGCUGAAGCCACUUCCUCUGAUUCCGGCAUUUAUUCAUCUUCAUUCUUUUUUUUUUUUUUUACUCUCUGAUCUGUUGACCAAUGUCUCAUUUUCUGUGGGUUCACUUUCCAUUUUUGCUUUUCGCUUUUAGAAGAAUUUUCUACGCAUCAAACCUAUACUAAGCUGGUAUAGGUUUAUAUAUGUACGUACAAAGUGUAUAUAGUUCAUAUACUGUAUGAAGAAGAAUUUUUCCCAUUCUGAAGGAACGCUAAUGCACUUUAAAACUUGGCUGUAUUAUCACUUUAAGUAAAGUAAGGAGAGUUUUUUUUUGUCUUUUCCUUUUUUUCCAUCUGAUUAUAAUAGUUUAGUUUGAGGCUGGAAACAGAGAAUCUGGAGGUGUGACUGUGCUGUUUUUCAAGCUGGGCCUGAUGUACCUGCAGCUGGGCUGCAUAUGAGCAUUUUACUCUGUCAGUCUUUUUGAUUGCCCUCUGACCUCACCCACACUUGUGCUGCCUCCCUCCAAGGCACACUGAGAUGAGCCUCUGGCAGGUGGAAUCCUUGAGCUGUCUUUUUACAUAACUCGAACGGGACUGUUGGGUUUGGUGUUUUCCUAAAGAGGACAAGAGAACUUCACGGGGGAAAACAAACUCAAACAGGAGCUUCCGGUGCUGUGGCACCACUUAUGCAUUGUUGUAGUGUGCAGGAAAGUAAAAUGGACUAUAAGCGUCGCUUUUUGCUUGGCGGGUCCAAGCAGAAAGUGCAACAGCACCAGCAGUACCAGAUGCCUGAGCUGAGCCGGACCCUGAGCGCCUCCCUGGCCUCCCCUUGUUCGGCCUCUUCACCCAUGGGCACCGGGGUGGGCAUGUCUGGCAGCUGCCACCCGCCUCCUUCUGCUGCCACUACAGCGGUUGCUGACAUCCAGCAAGGCAUCUCCAAGUAUUUGGAUGCCCUCAAUGUGUUCUGCCGGGCCAGCGCCUUCCUAACAGAACUGUUCAGCAGUGUGUUCAGGAACUCUCACUAUUCCAAAGCAGCUAUGCAACUGAAGGACGUGCAGGAAUACGUCAUGGAGGCGGCCAGCAGGCUGACUGCAGCAAUAAAGCCUGAGAUUGCCAAGAUGCUGAUGGAGCUGAGCGCCGGGGCAGCAAACUUCAAAGACCAGAAUGACUUCAGCCUGCAGGAUGUUGAGGUGCUGGGUCGUUGCUUCCUCACGGUGAUGCAGGUCCAUUUCCAGUUUCUGUCGCAGGCUUUGCAGAAGGUUCAACCGGUGGCUCAGUCCUGCCUGGCAGAGGCUCUUGCACAGGCCCAGGAGCGUUGUGCCAAUGCGCGCUCGCAGAGCUCUGACCUAGGGCCCCUCACCGAGCUGGAGGAAGCCUCUCACUCAUGGAAAGGCGCAGCUGAGGCUACAGCAAGGCUCCGAGAGAGGGGCCGGGAUGGCUGCCUGGCAGGCAUCCAGGUUCAGCAGCUCUUCUGCACCAACAACACCACCAUCCCUGAGCAACAGCUGAAAGAGCUCAACACGAAGAUCGACAACGCGUUACAAGCCUAUAAAGCAGCGCUGGAGAGCCUGGGCCACAGCGAGUAUGCACUAAAGGCUGGCUUUCAUCUGAGCCCCAAAGCUGUGGAGGCAGCCUUACAGGGUUGCUGCAGUGAGGCCGAGGCCCAGCAGGCAGGGAGGAUGCACACCACCUCCCAGCCCAUCCAGUGUGAGCUGCCUACCAUCCCUGUGCAGAUAGGCUCUCAUUUCCUCAAAGGGGUGUCCUUUAACGAGUCAGCGACUGAAAACCUCAAACUAAAAACGCACACUAUGCUGCAGCUCAUUAAGGAGGCGUUGGGCCAGAAUGGAGUGACCCCCAGGGACGACUCUCCGGUCACCGAGGUCCUCAACCAGGUCUGCCCGUCCAGUUGGAGAGGGGCCUGCAAAACCGCUGUCCAGCUACUGUUCGCCCAGGCUGGUCUGGUGGUCGUUGACACGGCUCAGAUUGACAACAAAGAGGCCUAUGCUCCCCAGAUUACUUUAGAGGGAUCCAAGCUGGUGGUUCAGGUUCCUUCUACAUGGUGCUUGAAGGAGGACCCAGCCACCAUGUCUCUGCUCCAGCGGAGUUUGGACCCUGAGAAAACUCUUGGUCUGGUAGAUGUGCUCUACACAGCUGUUUUUGACAUCAACAGGUGGAAGGAAAGGAAGGAGCAAGCCUUACCCACUAUUCAGAUACAACUACAGCGAGAGAGCCCAGACUAUGGUGGUCAAGCAGACCUGCCUCUAGGCUCCAGCUCCAAAGCUUCCAGUGGUUUGCCCAAGACAAUAUCCAAGCUGACUUCCAAGUUCACCAAGAAGGUCUCAUCCAGUUCUAACAGUGGAGGCAGUUACUCCAUUCCUAGCACCCCAUCUCGCAGCAUAUUAACAACCAGUAGCUCUGAGGAUAAGGCCAAAAGCCUUGGCCACAGUGAUGGCAGGCUACAGAGUAUCCUCCACAUGGGUGGCCUGUCCUGCACCCCUGACUCUGCCCAACAAGGCCUGUUGGCCAAUGGCUCCAUGCCUGAGGACCAGGGAAUGAAUCUACCAACUGACCAAGAGAUGCAGGAUGUCAUUGACUUUCUCUCAGGAUUCAACAUGGGUAAAUCUCAGCAGGCAUCACCUCUGGUCAAGAGAAGGAACUCUGUUGCAUCUGCGAAUCCUGCUGAGCUGAAGCCACCCAGUGGACCUCUGCCAACAUCCCAAUCUAUCUCUCAUGGUGCCCUACAGCCCCCAGCUCAAAACCUGACCCAGCCCCAGCCUCAGCCUCCAUCAGUGCAGAAGCAGCAACCUCAGCCACCUGCUCAACAGCAGCAGCAGCAGCCUCAACAGCAGCAACAGCCCCCUCCUCCAGCGCCUCAGCAGCCCUCGCCACAGACCCUGCAGUACUACCAGCACCUCCUGCGGCCCAUCAGUCAACAACAGCCACCUUCCCAGCUUCCCCCUCAGCAGACCCCACCACAGGUUCUGCCACAGCAGAGAGUGGCAAGCAAGUGGCAUGGCUCCUCUGGGCAACAGCCGCCACCACAAGGCCCACCAGCAGGGCUGUCACCCCUGGGUCCCAUUGGGCAGUGGGGAUCCCCUGGACUGCCAGAUCUAAGCUCGGACUUGUACAGUCUGGGCCUCGUGAGCACCUACAUGGACAGUGUUGUGUCUGAAAUGCUGGGUCAGAAGCCUCAGGGGCCCCGCAACAACACUUGGCCCAAUAGGGACCAGAGCGAGGGCGUAUUUGGAGUCCUGGGAGACGCACUACCUUUCGACCCAGCAGUUGGCUCUGACCCGGAGUUUGCACGUUACGUCGCUGGCGUCAGCCAUGCCAUGCAGCAGAAACGCCAGGUGCAGCACAUCCGUCGUCCCAGCAACUCACGCAGCAACUGGCCAAUGCCGGAUGAGCAACACAGGACAUGGUCUCAUCCAGAGUACUUCAGUGAAGGUGAGACGGUGAACAGCAGCUGGUCGGCCAAUCAGGGGGACUCCGCCAGCUCCAGUGAUGAGACGUCUUCAGCCAAUGGUGACAGCCUGUUCUCCAUGUUUUCUGGGCCCGACCUUGUAGCGGCUGUUAAACAACGGAGAAAACACAGCUGUGGUGAGCCAGAAGUGUGCACACUGCCCUCACCACCACUCCACCACAUCAGCGACGAUACCCAGGACAGCAAAACUAAAACCUGGCCUCCUAAAGCCCCAUGGCAGCACUCCACCCACACCAACACCAUGUCCAAUCCCAGCUCUUCCUUGUACCAAAUGAACAUCCCUCCUUCCUCCCAGUGGAGCGACUCCAUGCAGAUGCUGCAGUCUCCUGUGUGGUCCACUGCCAGCGAUUGCUCCCCCUCCACCUGCAUGUCCUCCGGUUUUCCUUUCACCCAGCAGCAGCAGCAGCAGCAGCAGCAACAACAACAACAACAACAACAACAACAACAACAACACAAACCCAUGACCAAGGGCUUUAAAUCCUUCCCCCUCAAACACGAGCACAGGCCCUCCUACCUUCACCAGUACUGAUCAGCCGGCGUAGAGACAAAAUGGUGAGGUGCACGGAGGUCCUGUAUCGGUUAGAUAGGCCACUGAGCGACUUCACACCCAAUUUAAUUGGAAGCUUUCAUAGACCCAGAGGCAAAUACACUGGCUCAACAUUUUUGUAUCUAUAUUUUUCCAUGUCAAACAUCCCCAUUUGAAAAAGAGGCGUAUUUUGAAACUUUUUGAACUACAGAAAAGGCAUGUGUCCCACUAGUAGCAGUCAGUCUAGUGGCUGUUGUUAGUGUGUCUCUGUCUGCAGAGCUGAAGACCUGUGCGGCUCUCACCCACUUGCUUCUGCAGCUGAGCGCGUGUAAAGGAGAGGUCUGAAAGGGGCGAGAGUGGGCUCUCAUUUUGCCCAAUGAGAAAUAUACUGUGUCUACAUAGCUGUAACUGCCAAAUCUCAUGCAAGAUGACUCAGAAUACAGCUACCAUCUACUGUUUCAUAGCUUGUAAAAUACUGAAGUUGAAAUAUAAAUAUUUAGUUCUUUUUAUUAAGAGGCUUUGAGCAGGCUCAGCAUAAAUAUAGUAAGUCACUGCAGAGGUGUAAUUUGAGAGAAAUACACUACUUUUUCAACAACUGACCAGAGUCGUGAAUUAUAGCAGUAACUAUGUGCCAUGUUGGUAUUGAUAGCACUUGCAGAAUAUUAUUUCCAACCAAAGCGUUGUUCAGAAGAUGAAUGGUGCUGAAAAGACAGGAGGUCUAAGAUUGACAAACAGUGAAGUUUCACCCUACUGGAGGGGAGUAUUAGGGAUCAGCUUCACACCUGAAACGUGUUCAUUUUCCUCUCUCUAAUUGGCAGUUGUUUGUUUCAGAUUGACACUAACUACAAUGAACCUAACUUUUGUUCUGUUGAAUAAUACAAUAUUUUUCUUGUACAAUUGACAGUAUUAAUCUUAUUUUUGUAUUUUCUUACAUGUUAUACCAUGACUGUAUGUUAGUAUUCUUGUAGGCAUAUAACAUAAAACAUUAUUUUCCACCUUUCAAUAUGUGAAAAAGCACAUUUGUUUUCCUAUAGAGCUGAAAUUCACCAUCUAUCUAUAAAGGUUACCAAAUACGCCAUGCUAAACACUAAAACGUGUGAUGAGGGUGUUUUCUAGCCCUUGUUCCUUCGGUUUCUAUGGCAAUGGGCUGUAUUUACAAGCCCAGAAUGUUAUCUUUUGUGAUGUUUGCGGAUGCCAAUGUUGCCUGUAUUUAUGAAAUGACACCAUGUUUUCAGAAAACUAACAUACUUAACAUGUUUACAGAGAACUGUUUGCUGUAUAUACAUAUAAAUAUAUAUCUUUUUAUAGUUAAUGUGCUUUGCACAAUCAAGAUAUAGGGUUUGUUGCUUUUUGUCUGUGUUACCUUCCUAACUGUUGCAGCCUUUUUAAAGACAUCAUUACAGACCUUGGACUGUAACUGUUAGCUUCUCAGCUGUGUCAAAUGGUUUACUAGUGGCUUCUACAAAAGUAAAAAAAUAAUAAAAACCUGUUGCCCUGAUAGAAGAUUUGAAAGGGGACUGCUUGGCUUUUGUUGCUUAUUGUUCUCUUGAGCUGGCAACUGAAUCUUUCCAAGUGUACCAGCAAUGCAAAAAAUGAAUAAAAACGACUAGCAAUUGAA